GUAUGCGCUCGGUGAUUGCGCAGAGGUGGUGAUGAAAAGUGGCUCCGUGUUUACCCACCAGAGGAGAUAAGGGCCUCCUUUUUCCCCUGGAGGGAAGUGACCACAGUCACAUGUACAGACAGGCGGGCAGGGAGGCAGGUAAAGCAGGAGGAACGUCUGAAUGAACGCCGUCCAUCUGAAAAAAGGAGGUCUCACCCUCAGGGAUCAGGAUGACUUGCUGUUUGUGACUUGACAGAGUAUCUUGUGACUUCUUUUUUUUUUUUUUUUUCGGAAGAGGAAGGGAGAAGUGAAUGACACAAAUCACAGUGCAGCCUGUGCAGUUUUUUAGUCCCAGUUUGAGUGGCUGUGACUGACUGAAGAAAGCGCCGGGAGAGGAGAAGCUCAGUUUUCCGUCGGUGGAUUUCCAGGAGAGCGGCGGUGGGGACGGCGGCUGGUAUGGACCGCGGCUUCCCUUCUUUGCGGUCGGAGGCGGCGGGAGCCGUGAGGACAAUGCUGGCUUCUGCUGAGAGCUUACAGCUCACUCUGAAGCCUGAGCUCAGUCAGGAAGAGCAGGCCCUCACACACGCCAACGGCAAGCCGAAGGAGACACACAAAGCCGGGAAUGAAGACCUGAAGGAGAUGCUGGAGAGCAACAAGGAGUCCCUCAAACUGGAGGCCAUGAAGAGGAUAGUUGGGCUCAUCUCUAAAGGGAAAAACUCGUCCGAGUUGUUUCCAGCUGUUGUGAAGAACGUUGCGAGUAAGAACAUCGAGUUGAAGAAACUUGUGUACGUGUACCUGGUGAGGUAUGCAGAGGAGCAGCAGGACUUGGCUUUGUUGUCCAUCAGCACCUUUCAGCGGGCUCUGAAGGAUCCAAACCAGUUCAUCCGAGCGAGCGCUCUGAGGGUUCUGUCCAGCAUCCGUGUUCCCAUCAUUGUACCCAUCAUGAUGCUGGCCAUCAAGGAGGCUGCGACUGACAUGUCCCCAUACGUGAGGAAGACUUCUGCUCACGCCAUCCAGAAGCUGUACAGCUUGGAUCCAGACCAGAAGGAGCAGCUGAUCGAAGUGAUCGAGAAACUCCUGAAAGACAAGAGCACGCUUGUGGCCGGCAGUGUCGUGGUGGCCUUUGAGGACGUCUGCCCCGAUCGCAUCGAUCUGAUCCACAAGAACUACAGGAAGCUGUGCAACCUGCUGGUGGAUGUGGAGGAGUGGGGUCAGGUGGUCAUCAUCUCCAUGCUGACGCGCUACGCCAGGACGCAGUUCACCAGCCCCUGGAAGGAGGACGCUGUGUUUGACGAGAACAACGAGAAAACCUUCUACGACUCGGACUCGGAGGAGAAGAAGGGUCAAAACGAAGCAAAGCCGUACAUGAUGGACCCAGACCACCGACUGCUGCUGAGGAACACCAAACCUCUGCUGCAGAGCAGGAACACCGCGGUCGUGAUGUCUGUUGCUCAGCUUUACUGGCAUCUGGCGCCAAAACAUGAAGUCAGUGUGGUCACCAAGUCUCUAGUUCGGCUGCUGAGGAGCCACAGAGAGGUGCAGUACAUCGUUCUGCAGAACAUUGCCACCAUGUCCAUUCAGAGGAAGGGAAUGUUUGAGCCGUUCAUGAAGAGCUUCUACGUCAGGUCCACCGACCCCACGCACAUAAAGACCCUCAAGCUGGAGAUCCUGACCAAUCUCGCCAAUGAAGCCAACAUCUCCACCAUUCUGAGGGAAUUUCAGACGUACGUGAAGAGUCAGGACAAAGCGUUCGCUGCUGCCACCAUUCAGGCCAUCGGCCGGUGUGCCACGAACAUCUCAGAGGUGACGGACACCUGCCUCAACGGGCUGGUGCUCCUGCUUUCCAACAGAGACGAGAGCGUCGUCGCUGAGAGCGUUGUGGUCAUCAAGAAGCUGCUUCAGACCCAGCCAACUCAGCACAGCGAGAUCAUCAAACACAUGGCCAAGCUUUUCGACAAUAUCACUGUCCCCAUGGCGAGGGCCAGCAUCCUGUGGUUGAUGGGCGAGUACUGCGACAGGGUGCCAAAGAUUGCGCCCGAUGUGCUUCGAAAGAUGGCAAAAUCUUUCACAGCUGAGGAAGACAUCGUCAAGCUACAGACCGUCAACCUGGCCGCCAAACUCUACCUGACCAACUCCAAGCAGACCAAGCUGCUGACCCAGUACAUCCUGAACCUGGGCAGAUACGACCAGAACUACGACAUCCGAGACCGCACGCGCUUCAUCAGGCAGCUGAUCGUGCCCAGCGAGAAAAGCGGCGCCCUCAACAAGUACGCCCGGCGCAUCCUGCUGGCCCCCAAACCGGCUCCGGUGCUGGAGUCGGCCUUCAAAGAUCGAGACCGUUUCCAGCUGGGAACGCUCUCACACAGUCUCAACGUUAAGGCCUCCGGGUACCACGAGCUCUCAGACUGGCCGGCCGUCGCCCCCGACCCGUCUGUGAGGAACGUGGAGGUCAUUGAACCGGUGAAGGAGUGGGCGCCGUCACUUGGAAAGGCCAAACAGUCGAAAUCUGACGACAAGUUUUACUCGGAUGAUGAAGAAAAGGAAGAGGAGGGAUCUGACAGCAGCAGCAGUGAAGAUGGCAGCAGCAGCAGUGACAGCAGCAGCAGCAGCAGCAAAGACUCGGACAGCGGGAGCGAGGAGGAGAGCAGCGAGGAGUCGGAGGAGACCUCCAGUGGCUCCGGAGGCAGCUCCAGCGGAUCUGAAAAGAGCUCCAGUGAGUCUGAAUCUGAGCAAAGGCAGAAGAAAAAGACCAAGAAGAUGCCUCAAAGGAAAAGGAAGCCAGCUGCCUCCGACAGUGACUCUGAUGAGAAUGGAAACGUGGAUCAAGCCAGCAGCUCAGCGUCAGAAAGCUCCCCAGAGUCGGAGUCCGAGUCCGACUCGGACUCGCCAGCACCCCCGAAGAAGAAGGAAGCCAACGCCCAACCCAAGAUGGCAGUAAAGUCCAAGAAGGAGGUCUCUCUUCUGGAUCUCGAUGACUUUACUCCUGCCACCACAAACGCUCCACAGCCUUCGCUUGUCUCCUCCAGCCUGCUGUCCGACCUCGAAGGCCUCUCUCUGUCCAACGUCUCCUCGGCCGUGCAGGUCACGUCUCCGUCUUUCGGUCCAGUGAAAACCUACGAGCUGCUUCACCACAUGACCGGUAAAGGGCUGUCGGCCAAGUACCAUUUCCCCCGACAGCCGUGCUUGUACCAGCCCACCAUGGUGUCGGUGCAGGUCAUACUGACCAACAGCUCGGACCACGUCCUGGAGGAGAUCCAUAUAGGCGAGCGCAGCCCGGCCAGCCUGAACCUCCACUGCUUCAACACCAUCGAGCGUUUGGAGCCGGGGGCCUCGGUAACGGUUUCCAUGGGCGUCGACUUCAGCGAUUCAACACAAGCAGCCAACUUCCAGCUGUGUACCAAGGAGGACCAGUUCAGCGUGUCGAUCCAGCCCGCCGUGGGAGAGCUGCUGAUGCCCUUCUCCAUGUCAGAAGCCGACUUCAGCAAAGAGCAAAGAAAUCUCCAGGGCAUGAAUGAAACCUCGGCAACCGUCGCCAUGGCAACAGCUAACACCCCCCGCCAGGCCGUCAGCAAGCAGGUGCUGUCUGUAGCCAACGUAGGAGUGGUUUCAUCCAGCCAGGACAGCAUGCUCAGGUUUUCUGGACGGACGGUCAGCAGCAAAGCUCUGGUCCUGGUGUCUCUGGACCUGAAGGAGCCGCCCGCCGUCCUGCUCACCAUCAACACCGACAAAACCGUCAUGGCGUCCAUGUUGCUCCGAGACCUGAAGCGAGCCCUGGCCCAGGCGUAGAGCGUGCUGCCCGUACCCCUGCAGUAAUUAUAAGGCUUGAACAACAGGAAGAUCUCAUGUUUUUAUUCCCACGUUUCAGAUCAGCCGCUGAAGUUUCAGAUCUUCAGAAUCGAGCUGAGAAGAUCAGAAAAAAAACCAAAAACUUCUUUGGUUUUCUUUUUAUUUAAAGAAAUGUGGGAAUAAACGUUCACUCCAGUAAAAGUAUUUCCAAAAAAUGCCAACUUAAGUGUGCCACCUUUUCUUUACUCACAGAAAAAUAUGAUUAAAAUAGAGUUUAUCCCAAAAGGAGCAAAUAUUUACAUUUUCUAAUGUUUAUCCAUUAAAACAUGAAACUUUAUGGUUUUCUAAUUGAGUUUUCCUGGUAAUUAAAAAACAAAUACAUUUUGAAUAUUUGAAAAGCUUUAAAAGAAAUUGAAGAAGUUUUACAUUCUUCUUAAAGUUUGUAAAAAUAUCUUUAAGGUUUGAAAGACAAACAUCAGGCUCCACCCACUUUUUAAACUGUAUGCAUUUCUGAACAAUAAACUUUUGACUUUAUCAGAACUGGAAA